AUGUAUAAUUUUACUGAUAUGCGACAGCAGUGUACUGAAUUAAGUAACCAUUCAUCACGAUUCCAUCGACAGUGCUCGAUGGAAGAUGAUGAUGGAGUCGUUGAUGAUGAAGCUUAUUCUCAUUGGCAUUUGCCUUCCAGCCUUUAUGAAAUUGCAAGCUCAGCGUCUUUGGAGUCGAGAAUAACUGAAGUUGGCUUAAUUAUAAAACGAGUGAUGCAAACUCGGGCACCAUAUCUUAUAAGAGAUCGCAAGGCCCAUUUGCAAGUAAAUAGGCAGUCAGAGAAAAAACGAAAUUUUCAGAUUUAUCCAAUGUGUAUGGUCGGUACAGAAUUGGUUAAUUGGCUAAGUCAACUUUCAACAGAAAUUUUGAAUGAAAUGGCAACUCCGCUAACUCGUCUUCAAGUUGUAGGCAUGUGGCAAGUUCUUUUAGAAAAUGGAAUCAUUAACCAUGUGAAUAAUGAAUUGCAAUUUGUUGAUAAGCAUAUAUAUUAUCGCUGGGCAAUGAAUGAAGAACUGGAUUCGUUCAAGACGCGAGAUAGGAGCGGAAAUGAAACUACGGAUUUAGAAACGCAAACAAAUCUUAACGAUUUGAAAUCGGCAAUUUUUUUUUUAAGUACUGUUGGUCCAGAUGCACUUUUUCGAACAAUCCUUAGUAAAUCAUCUAACGAAAGGACUGCAGAAGAAUUAGAAUUAGUAUACGAUGAACUGUUGCAUGUGAAAGCCUUGGCACAUCUAAGUACGAUGGUGAAAAGGGAAUUAGCCAGUAUAGCUUUUUUCGAACAGCACCAACAUGCUGGAACUGUUCUUUUUCGUCAAGGUGAUGAAGGAAACUGUUGGUAUAUCAUUCUCAAAGGCUCUGUGCAUGUCAGCGUUUAUGGAAAGGGUAUUGUAUGCACGUUACGAGAGGGCGAUGACUUUGGCAAAUUGGCUCUCGUUAAUGAUGCACCUCGAGCCGCCACAGUCACCCUUAGAGAGGAUAAAUCACAAUUUCUUCGAGUUGACAAGGUCGAUUUCAAUAGGAUCUUAAGAGAUGUCGAAGCGAAUACAGUUCGGCUAAAAGAGCACGGUCAAGAUGUACUUGUGCUAGAAAAGAUUGACAAGCCAUAUAGUCUUGCCGUGGAUCCAUAUUGUGAGGAAUUAGAGACAUCAAGACAACAAUUUCGAUAUUCGGUAAUGGCUGGUCUUCCAGAAAAAAUUGUGGAAUAUUUAUUGGAAACACGUAUUGAUGCAUAUGAAGAUAAUAUGACUUUAGACACUUUUUUGGAAGAAUUUAUAUUGACUCAUAGCAUAUAUAUGCCUGAAAAUAUUUUGUGCAAUUAUCUUAAAAACUACUAUAUGCAAGGAUCAACGGUAAUUCUUGCGCGUAUUGAUGAGUUCUAUAUUUUGGAUGAUCGCGGCCAGAAGUUUGCUAUAAAACGACGAGUGGUUAUCUUUCUUGCAAUUUGGAUAAGGACCAUAGGUCAACGAUUUUUUCUGAAUCCCGUGUCCAAUAGCUUCGUAGAGGAAUUAUAUUGUUGUGUUUUGGAGGAUAGUCGACAGAUUCCUGAAAUGUAUUCAAUCUUAGAGAAAAUGGCAUAUAUUAGACAACUUCGUGAGAAUUCUAUGCAGAUUCUUAAUCGACACUCCGUCGUGGUACUCGACUGUGGAGUUUAUUCUAUAAAAGCGCCUGCACCAAAUCCUGUUCUUCCUUUCGACACUUGUAAUCAAAUAAUUCAUUUACCAGAUACCAGCUCAUUUACAAUAAAUAUUAGGCUUGACAAAACUAGUGCGGAAAUCUGUGAGCUAACAAAGAUGAAAACUCAUUAUGGUGGUACGAAUGUAGAUCUACAACUGGUUGAAGUAAGAAGUAGUGGAGAACGUAUUAUAUUUUCUCCAACUGACAUAAGUAUCCCAACAAUGUUAUCGUUGAAUAGUCGCUUAUAUGUUGCUUAUGGAGCUGAAGUUAAUACAUUGACACCAGUGGUUCAGCAAGAUGGUCCAGUUGACAGCGCUCAUUCCCAAAUGUUGGAAUAUAUGAGUAGUGUUGAUAUAGCUCAACAGUUAUCCAUAUUUCACUUCCAACUUUUUGAAGCUACGGAUGAAGUUGAACUAGUUACACAGGUUUUCGGUCGAGAUCAAUUUCCCAGCUGUAUACCUUCAAACCUGGACUUGCUGAUACGUCGGUUUAACGAGGUUCAGCACUGGUCAUCAACUGAAAUAUUGCUCGCGAAAAGUCAAUCGAAACGAGUGGCGCUGCUAAAAAAAUUCAUCAAAAUAGCCACUCACGCUAAGGAAAAUCGGGAUUUGUUAUCAUUUUUUGCAAUCACUCUUGGACUCAGCAACAUUGCAGUUAGCCGAAUCGCAUAUAUUUGGAAUCGUUUACCGUCAAAAAUGCGCCGUCAGUAUGCUGAAUUCGAAGGAUUAUUAGAUCCAUCGCGUAAUCAUCGAGCCUAUCGAAUGCUUGUAAGAAAAAUGAAUACUCCAAUCGUACCCUUUGUGCCAUUGUUGCUCAAGGACCUUACUUUCACACAUGAAGGCAAUAAAACUUAUUUCGGUGGAUUAGUUAAUUUUGAAAAAAUGGAACCUCAAAGUGAUUGA